AUGGACGAGAGAAUUAUUGUAAACACCGUUUUACAUUUUCUUCAAAAAUAUAAAACUACGAAUGAUAUUGAAAAUAUAAUAUAUGAUGGAUUUUCAACAGAUGCUAUAAAUGAAGCAGUUGAACAAUUAAAUUCAUUGUUAAAAGAUCAUGGAAUUUCUAAUGAAAUUGAAAAGUUAUCCUUACUGGAAUUAUAUAACAAAUUAAAUACCUGUUGUAUUGAAAAUAUUACUUCAAUGCCAAAAUUUGUUAUAGAUGAUAUUGAAUCUGUUCCUAACAAUUUAUUUGGCAAAUUAACUUGCGAAACAAAACUUGAUGUUAUUACAGAUGAAAUACGUUGUCUUCGCAAAACAAUGGAAGAAAUUCGUCAACAUUCACAACAAGGAGAAAAAAGAGUUUCACCAAGACGAAAAAAAAGACGCUUAUCAGCGGAAUUAAGAUUACAAAAAAAUGGUACAUCAAUAGCUGAUGAUUGUUCUAGUAGUUCAGGAGAUUUACAACAUACAGGUCAUAAUAGUUUUUGUUCCUCCUCAUCCUCAUCAACAUCUAUAAUUGGAAGUGUAUCAUCACCAUCUAGUUGUAUAACAAAUGAUAUAAAUUCUGGAAAUCAAAAUUUAAAUGCAUAUCUUUCAAAUCAUUCAACACCUACAUCAAAUACAAUAACAAAAAAAGAUUCAUCAAGAAGAACAGGAGGAAAAUUGGCUAAUUGUGUUCAGCGUCUUACUGAUCGUCUUGGAUCUCAAAAAGAAUCUGCAUCUCCAAAUGAUAUUGAAACAUCUGAUUCACCGUCAUCAGAAGUUGACAAUGGUAUUUCAUCAUCACCUGCUACAACAGGAAUGUUAUUUGAUAAUUUUUUAAAUCAAGGUAUUCCACUUUAUACAGCACUAAAUCCAAAUUUUUUUGGUAAAAAAAUUCAUCCACAAAUUAGUAAUCCUUUUACAAUUGAUUCAUCAAUGAAUGGUACAUCUGGUCCAGGAAUGGAAUAUUUAUCAUUACUUUUUUCAAAUGCUGCAAGAAAUUUUACUUCACAAAAUAAACAAUUCCCAAUGACAGUACCAACAAAUGUUGGUGAUGAUCUUAUUUCAUCAAGUCAAAAAGUAAAUAUUAAUGAAAAGGAACCUUCUGUUAAAAUGGAAAUUGAUAAUUGUGAUGCUGAUAAACUUUGGGCUGAUAUAAAUCCAUCACUUUCUAGUGGAAACAUUAUUGAUUUUGGAGGUAAUCAAGAAGAAAUUAAAUCUGAUUCUGAUAAACCGUUUGUAUGUGAACAAGAAAAUUGUAAUAAACGAUUUGCUAACAAAUUUCUUUUAAAAAAACAUCAAUUUAUUCAUACCGGUUUACGUCCACAUGCAUGUCCAUAUUGUCAAAAAAGGUUCAAUAGAAAGGAUAAUUUAUUGCGUCACAAGAAGACUCAUACUCAAGCAGGUAUGUCAAUAGAUGAUACAAAAAGAUGCGGUUUUUUGAUCAAGAGCGAAGCAGCAGGCGAUUUAGUCUGUUAA